GUUAAAAUAUUGAUGACUUUCCUGUGAAGGUUUGGAUCUGGGAUUGCAAAACUUCACCUUGUGUACGGAGUGGCCAUCAUUUAGAGCGAAACAGAUGGAAGUGUUUCCUCUCAGCCUUGGAAGCGCAGACUUUCUCCUCCUUAAGCUAGCAGCUCCUAGAAGUCUUGGAAUCCAGGGCUUAAACAAUAAAAAUGUACUUCUUCCGGAAGCCAGAAAUCUGAAGUCAAGAUGUCCACAGAGCUGGAAAUCUUCAUAACUCCAUCUCAAUUAUUCUGUUACUGGAAACCUUGAUGCUGCCCAAACCUGGGACCUAUUACUUCCCCUGGGAGGUGACUGCUGGCCAAGUGCCUGACGGGGGCACGCUGCGAACAUUUGGCAAGUUGUGCCUCUACGACAUGGCAUGCUCCCGAGUGACCUUGACAGCUGAGCACACUUCGGGUAAGCACCAGGUGUUGGUCUGCACCAAGCUGGUGGAGCCGUUCCAGGCCCAGGUGGGCUCCCUGUACAUGGUCCUUGGGGAGCUGGAGCAUGAGGAGGAUGGAGGUUUCUUGGUGAAGGCCCGUGUGCUGACCUGUGUGGAGGGGAUGAAUCUGUCCUUGCUAGAACGAGCCGUCUUGGAGCAGAGGCUGUACCUGCAGGAGAGCGACGCCAGCCAAUUGGAAACACCAGCCCCUAGAUAGUUCCCUAGCUGCUCCUGAGGGCAAGGCCUCCCGAGCCAUUACAGGCUACAGGUGCUCCCCGUGAGAGACAGCCUUUGUCUGGGGCCAGAAAGAAGAGAAGCAAAGGGCUUCUUCCUCAGACUUUGGAAGUGUCCCAGAAGUCAGAACCCAGAGAGGAGGCAUCAACAUCUGGCACCCCAAGCCUGACGUGGUGGCAUAUGGAGGCAGAGGCAGAGGGAUCAGGAGUUCAAGACCAGCUUUGGCUACAUAGCAUGUUUGAGGCCAACCUUGGUUGUAUGAGACCCUCAUGUAAAAAAAAAAAAAAAAAAAAAAAAAAACCACGACCCCCAAUCCCUCAAAAGGCUGUGGACUUCGGGGUCCUGGGGCUGAGCCUUGGGCGGUGCUUGGGGCGUUCGGAAUGUGUUGGUGAAUAAAAAGCUCACACCAGA